AUAUGUGAGGGUUGUGAAUGUUGUUAACUGAACACUUCUGGGCAUUCCGAACUUUAAGUGAGGGUAUGUAGGCAGGUAGGAACGAGGAAACCCUGGUUAGGCUCCAACGAUACGCAGUCUUCGCAGACAGGGGACAGACAACGAAUUGUUAAACAAGGGAAAUGUCGGUGAAGGUCUGUCCACAUCGCAAUCGCUGAAGCAAUUAAUCUCACACUUAGCUUUCAACGUCGAUCGUACUUCUACGUAGAGCGAAAUCAUGAUAUCUUAUCAGAAUGCAUGUGACGACAGCGUGAGGGAAUGUGUAAGGGAGUGAACACGGGCUGGCAGAUGGAAAACUUGAUUACGUCUUGUACUUUACUAUUAACGUCAGGAACACAGCAAAUAAGGAAACGAAAAGUCGAAGAUACUGCUGAAUGAAGGAGUGUCAGCGGUGAAAUGAUACGAUGACGUGCUCACCCUAAGCCGAUAAUUACGAACUAGAUUGUAUGCCUCAGUGUGCACAAAGUGUCGAGACUCAUAUGUAAAACUUUCCGUCCACAUGACGCAUUGCAUUGUGUGAGUGGAAGGUUCUGUUCGUCCGGAUGACAUAUGUUUAACGAAGAACUUCUGCUCAAACCUUCCUUGGGCGAUAGACAGCCAAUUUGCUCGCCUGUCCUGUCAUAUGUGGUCGAAUCUAUCUGCAACAUAUAUAUGUUAUCUCCAAAAGUACGGAAGGUAUAAUGAUGUGACACCAGUGAAGACAGAACGACGUCAAAAGCCCUUGAUUUCACAGCUACUGUGAGUGUUUGCUGCAGUGGUCUAUAGUGGUGAUAUGCCUUGAAGACACUCGUGAGAUCGGACCAAUAUACAUGUGGUUGUGUAACAUAUUUGUACAGGAGACCUUGAGGUCAAACACGUGGACCGUGCACAAGGAAAAAGGAGACGCAUCAAUGAAGAAAAGGUUGCAAAAGAGAACAUCAUAUCCCUUUGAGUUUGAAUCCAAAUCUCUAUUUUGGGGCCACAGUUUAGCCUAGUAAUAUAUCUGCGUUGGUAACUUCCAUUGAGAUUUUUUUUUCCCAUUCAAACGAAAUUCUUCGUUAGCAGU